UUCUAUGAGUCUAGCUCAUAUUGUAUUCGUAGUAAGUUUAAUGUCAAUGCACUGAAUUGUUUACAAAAAUUAUAGAUUCGAUGAUUAAAUAUUUGUAUACAUAUUUAAAGAGAACCCACAUGAUAUUGAUCAUCGAAUCGUAGAGAUUUUAACUUUAGACUUAUUCAAUUUAGUUUCAAUAAUGAGAAUCGCCGUAGAAGGUUGUGCUCAUGGCGAAUUGGAUAUUAUUUAUGAGACUAUACAGGAGAUUGAAAAAAUAGAUGGAAGAAAGAUAGAUCUGCUUAUUUGUUGUGGGGAUUUUCAAGCUACUAGAAAUUUAAGCGAUUUAGAAUGUAUGGCAAUAUCGAACAAAUAUAAAGAUAUGUGUACAUUUUACAAAUAUUAUUCGGGUGAGAAAAAAGCUCCAGUGUUAACCAUUUUUAUUGGAGGAAAUCAUGAAGCAUCAAAUUAUCUUCAGGAACUGCCAUAUGGAGGAUGGGUUGCACCUAACAUUUAUUAUCUUGGAUAUGCAGGUGUAGUACAAGUGGCUGGAGUUAGAAUUGCAGGACUUUCUGGUAUUUAUAAGAGCCAACAUUGGAUGCAAGGGCAUUAUGAAAAGCCUCCAUAUUCUGAUAACACUUUACGGAGUAUAUAUCAUAUUAGGAAUUUGGAAAUCUUUAGAUUAAAACAGCUUUCUGGAAAAAUUGAUAUUUUUCUAUCACAUGAUUGGCCAGCAGGAAUAACAAAAUAUGGAGAUGAAGAUGCAUUGUUAAAACGAAAACCAUUUUUUAAAGAUGAUAUAGAAAGCAACACACUUGGUAGUCCUCCAGGUAUGGAAUUGUUGGAACACCUUUAUCCAUCUUACUGGUUCUCCGCACACUUGCAUUGUAAAUUCGCUGCUCUCGUUCCCGAGAAAGGAGGAACACGAGUAACGAAAUUCCUAGCGCUGGACAAAUGUCUACCAAAACGGAAAUUCCUUCAAGUAUUGGAAGUACGUUCUCAGGAGGACAGUCUGAUACAAUUGGACUAUGAUCUUGAAUGGUUAACGAUAUUAUAUCUGACGAAUCAUUUAUUAAGUGUCAAGAGCAAUGUUCAAUACAUGCCUGGUCAAUAUGGUGUCGGUAGAUGGGCAUACACACCUACUAUGAAAGAGAAACAAACUGUAUACGAGAAAUUUAAUUCUAAUUUACAAAUCCCUCAUAACUUCACUCAAACUGUUAAACCAUACAAUCCGUAUGACACACACGUUCGAAUUGAGCAACCACAAUUAUUGAUAAUAAUGGACAGUGUGUACAAACCGAACCAAAUUGCAAGAAAUUUAAACGUCGGAAUUAUUCUAUAUAUUCUAAUACUCUUUAACUGGCGAACGUGCUUCGAGCAAAGUGUCAAUUCUUCCUUAUUGUCGACUAUCUUAAACGCAAAAAUGGAUAAGUUGACUAUCAUCUCGGGAAUAUUGUUCUUGCUAGCGGAUAUCUCUGCCAUAAUUAGCAUUGCUAUGCCAGAUUGGAUCAUCACUGAUGUCGGCGGUGAUACAAGACUGGGUCUUAUGUGGUCAUGCAUGACCUUGUACAAUAGACCACAGGUUUGUUACAAGUCAGAUCUGCAAUCAGAAUGGUUGAUGGCAUUGAUCUGCAUAUUUGUAGGUUGCAUUUUGAUAACAGCAACCAUAAUAUUAUUGGUCAUUUCACAUUGGGAUCGUAGUGUCAUUCCUUAUGCGCGCUGGGUAGGAUUUGGUGCAAUGGUGCUAUUCUGUCAUGCGGCAGUAAUAUUUCCCAUGGGGUUCCACAUUGAUGAAAUUGGUGGGCAACCGUAUCAAUUGCCUAAUUCGCAUCAAGUUGGAAUUGCAUAUAUUUUAUUUGUCCUAGCAUUAUGGAUCACAGUAAUCUCUGAACUCUUUGCUGGCAAAGUUUGUCUGCCACAUUUUUAGCAUUGUUCCAUAGUACAAGUAUUUGUUAAUUAUAUUCUGUUGACAAUUAGUCUUAUAUUAUUUGUAUAUACUAUAUACUUAUAAUAUC